AUGAGCGACUUUGGUUCUUACGGCGGCUCCGACGAGGAGUACGCCUCGGUGCGCAAGCACAAUGCCGCAGUGGAAGCCGAUCCCGACAGUUUCGAAAACUGGGAAAACCUCAUCAAGGCGUGCGAGACCCUCGAUGGCGGUCUGAACCGCAAUUCCAGCCCCCAGGCGCUCGCCACGUUUCGCGACGCCUACGACCGAUUUCUCUUCAAGUUUCCUCUGUUAUUUGGCUACUGGAAGAAAUAUGCCGAUCUCGAGUUCAAUAUUGCGGGACCAGAAUCUGCCCAAAUGCUAACCGGCGUGCCACAGGUGUACGAAAAAGGAUGCGCCAGCAUCACCAGUUCUGUCGACUUGUGGACAGACUACUGCUCCUUCACCAUGGAGACUACUCACAAUCCACAUCUCGUCAGAGAACUUUUCGAGCGGGGCGCCUCAUUUGUCGGGCUAGACUUUUUGGCCCACCCCUUCUGGGACAAGUACAUCGAGUACGAGGAGAGGCAGGAGGCGCAAGAUCGCGUUUUUGCGCUUCUGGCCCGCAUUGUGCGCAUUCCAAUGCACCAAUACGCACGCUACUACGAGCGCUUUCGCGCUCUCGCUCACACACGGCCACUGGCCGAGGUCGUGGAUGCAGGCACAUUGGCCAAGUUUCAGGCUGAGAUUGCUGAGGAAGCGCCCGGUCAACGACCAGAGCUCGAUGUGGAGCGUGAUAUACGGGCCAAGAUUGACAGCAUGUAUUUUGAAUUGUUUCAAUCUACGCAGAACGAAGUGUCGAAGCGUUGGACAUAUGAGUCGGAGAUUAAGCGCCCAUACUUUCACGUCACAGAGCUGGAACACUCUCAGCUAAGCAACUGGCGCAAAUAUCUUGACUUUGAGGAGUCUGAAGGUGACUACAACCGCAUCGUAUGCUUGUACGAGCGGUGUCUGACGACAUGCGCAUUCUACGACGAGUUUUGGUACCGCUAUACGCGAUGGAUGUCUUCACAAGCGGAAAAGGAGUCAGAGACGAGGAACAUCUUCAUUCGUGCCGCCACGAUGCAUGUGCCGGUGAGUCGACCGGGCAUUCGCAUGCAAUGGGCGUACUUUGAAGAGAGCACAGGCCGGGUGGGUGUAGCGUUGGCGAUCCACGAAGCGAUCCUGAUGAAGCUGCAGGACUGCAUUGAGGUGAUUGUUUCGUGGGCCAACGUGGAGCGCCGGCAGAAUGGUGUCGACGCUGCCAUUCAGGUGUACAAGGACCAGAUUGACGCACCGACGGUAGAUUUGUACACCAAGGCAGCGCUGGUGGCUGAGUGGGCGCUGCUGGUGUGGCGCGGCAAGGGCUCGGCGGAGGAUGCGCGCGCCAUUUUCAUAAAAAAUGUGCAGUGGUACGCCGACAGCCGGCACUUUUGGGAUAAGUGGUUCGAGUUCGAACUCGGCCAGCAGGUCGACGGCAAGAGCGCUCCAGACCAGGCAGAGCGCAUGCAACACGUCUUUGAGGAGCUCCGCGGCAAGAGCCGGCUGUCGGGAGCGUCGAAGCAAGAGCUCGCGCAGGCGUAUAUGAACUACUUGGUGCAGCAGGGCGGCAAAGAGGCGAUGAAGCAGUUCCUAGAGGUGGACCGAGAGAUGUUUGGACCGGCGUCCGUGGGCGGCAAGGCGUCAUCAGCAAAGGAAAAUGGCGGACCGCCUGCCGGGGAGCUCGACGAGGCGAGCCGGCGCAAGGCCGAGACGCAGUGGCUCAAGUUUUACGAGGCACACUUUGAGCCGGUAGCUGAUGCGCAGGGGACGGCAGAUUUCAAUUGA